AUGGAUCCAAAUCCUCGGGCAGCCCUGGAGCGCCAGCAGCUCCGCCUUCGAGAGCGGCAGAAAUUCUUUGAGGACAUUCUGCAGCCAGAGACAGAGUUUGUCUUCCCAUUGUCCCACCUGCAUCUUGAGUCACAAAGAGCCCCCAUAGGUAGUAUCUCAUCCAUGGAAGUGAAUGUGGACACACUGGAGCAAGUAGAACUUAUUGACCUUGGGGAUCAGGAUGGAGCAGAUGUGUUCUUGCCCUGUGAAGAUCCUCCACCCACCCCCCAGACGUCAGGAGCGGGUGACCAGGCAGAGGAGCUGAGCUUACCAGUGCCCACGCCAGACAGGACCACAUCCCGGACCUCCUCCUUGUCCUCUGACUCCUCCACCAACCUGCACAGCCCAAAUCCUAGUGAUGGUGGAGCAGAUACACCCUUGGCACAGUCUGACGAGGAGGAAGAGGACAGAAGUGAUGGAGGGGCAGAGACGAGAACCUGCAGCUAGCAGUGGGUCCCUCCUGCCCACGGACACAGCUGGCUGCUCUCCAUGUGAGACCCUAGGCCAGCCAGAGCAUUCUAAGACCACACACUAGCAGCUGGCACUGGGAAAGGAGAAUGGUGGGAUAUCGUACCUUACUGAGAAUUAACCUCCUUCUGCUUUAUCGCUAACCUUUUCUUGCUGCAACCCUCCCACCAGUUCUGGUUUACUCCUUGAGGUAGGACUUGCAACUGAGUAGAUGGAAGAUGAGGUAGAACAAGAUGCCACUGCUCUUGUUGGCACUCCUCUCUCCCCCACACUGUCUUGUAGUCUUCCAGUAGUGUUUCCUCAGCCAGUGUCUCUCAGUGGACGUGAACUUAGCACUCUAAUGAGGUGGGUGCUAUUCUAGCUAUCCUGCCUCCUUCGUUCUUUUUUUGACAGGGCACGGUAUAAAUAAUAAAUAAUAUACCAACCAUUCCAUUUUAUUCUUCACAUUUCAAAAGUAUCAAGCCCUGUAUAUGUCCUUAGCUUUCUAACUAGUACUGUAUCCCUACUGCUCUUUUGGUUUGGUAAGAAAUACUUAUUGAACACUAGUGCAGGGCACAGGUUGAAAUAUAGUUCUGAGCAAGGGAAGUAGUGUCCCUGUGCUCAUGGAUUUUACUCUCUAUGAGGUACUACUUUGAUACCAGGAAAUAGGGACAUCUUAUGCUAAUUUAUGCUGUCUUAUGGCAGUUGAGGAGCUGAGAUCUGAAGAAUGAUUACAGGUUUCCGGGCCAAGCAGCAGGGGAAGGGGCCUCAUCUCUGCAGGAGCAGUUUGCGAAGAUGGAAUGGAGAGAAUAGGAACUGAAAAGCAUUCGUUUGUUUAAGUUGUUGGAUUUGAGACCCUGAAGACGUUAAGAUUGACAAAGGUCACAUUGAAGCCUUCCAUUUGACUGCUAGUAAGAGAUCGUGACUUAAAAGAUAAAAAGUGUAUUUCCUCAUCCAAAAUAUGAAGCUCUGUAGUUAUUUGAGCACCGGGCUCCUUUUGGCUUGUUCUACUCUGCCAUACUAGGCUCAUGACUUACAUGCUUAUUGAUUACUCAUGCCUAACAUGGCUGUCUAAACCCCAUUAUGACUUUGAAACAAGCAGGAAGCAGGAGAACAAAUGGGGAAUAGGCAAGGUGGGCACAGCCUGAGGUUUAUUUCCACCUUAGGAAGCAUUUUUGGAAGUUCUAAGUAAGAGUGCUCACUUUUAUCUCAAUGGCCAGAACUUGGUAACACAGGAAAUAUUUCAUUUGCAGACAUUUUAUAGACAGGGACAUGACACUUUUCUUUAAAAAAAAAAAAAGGAGGAAAUUCUCACUUUGGGGAAGACACUUUCAAGUCACUGAAAAAAUGCCAGUGCAUCUAUCUGAUAUCUGUACUAGCCGACAGAUGGAGAAGCACCCUGGCUACUGGCAAGGCUGGGGUGGCCCUGUGGUAGGGCACUCCGAUGUCUUGACAAAACCAGAGUUUUGUUACUAAGGAACAAGAGGACAGCGUUCAUUGGGUGAGUAAUUAGCAGUUGACACAUUAGUGGCCAUGUUAAAAGUGUUUGAACUUUGCUGGGAAUAAUGAAGGAUUACAGAUAGUUGGACUUGCUUGUUUAAAGGCUAAAUCCGGCUGAAAUGUAGAGAAUAUGCUGGAAAGAAACAGGCUUAAGACGGACAAAGAACAGUAAUUUGUGCCAGAGAUAAUGGUGGCCCAAAGAAGAGGGGUAGAAACUCAUUCAGCAAAUACUAAAUGUCCAGGCUUAGUGUAUGUAAAGCACUGAACAUAACCUUGUAGAAGUAGUAGUAGAAAAAUAAAGGUUCAGUCUGUCAUGGAGUUUAUAGUCUGGUGGGGGCCCCAAAUGUAAAAUUGCAACUUUGGUGCUAGAGAGCAGUCAGCCUAUUCAGAGAGGUCACCAGGGUGGUGCCCUGAAAUGACACUUCAGCUGAAACCUGAAUGAUGAGUAGGAAUAAACUAGAAUGUCUGGAAGGCCCCUGAUGCUUGCUGAUAGGACAAGACCAGAAUAGAUGCUUAGAAACUAGCCACUUAGAUUUAAAAA